UACCGAGAGGUACUUCGACUCGUCAUGAUAACCCGAUCGUGCAGCUAUACUAUAGAAUCUUACCGCAUAUAAACCGCAUAUAAACCCCUUGACGCAUUUGGUUUUUAACGAGUGGUUAGUCGUACAGGCAUUUGUAUUCGGGCUUCUUUUCCUGGUUGCUAGAGUCAGUGUAACAAUAAUCAUGGUACACUUCAUCGGUUUAGCAAGUGCCGGCGUCCUGGCACUCGUCGUGCCAUGCUCUCUUGCAGUCCCCUUCGUCUCUGAAGCUCAAACUACCGUGCAAUCCGACGCGACCACGACAGUCCCUGUUGUUCCCGUGACGAACGUGACCUCUCACGGCCCAUACACCGGCCCACCGGCUACGACGACCGGCGCACUAUCUACAAAGAUCACAGCUUUAAGCAUCCCAAUCAGGCCGCCAGAGCCGUACAAGCUGCAAUAUCCGGCAGACGGGCAGCUUCACCAACCACAACCCGCACCAUACACGCCUAACGGUGGUCUGGGAACCAAUGGGUCCGAGCCAGUGUAUCGUGUAAUAAGCGAUUUUGACUACGAGUCCAUUGCGCUAGCCCUUUAUCAAGAGUGGAUCGAGCUCGAUCUCUUCCACUGGGGUUUAGCCAGGUUCUCCGCCGAAGAGUUCGAGGCCGCCGGAUUGAAUGCCGAAGAUCGGUAUCUCAUCCAGUUCAUGGCUGAACAAGAAGUUGGUCAUGCUACAGCUUUGACUAACUUGCUGGGAGACAACGCUCCGGUGCAGUGUACUUACAACUACCCAGUAACAAGCGUGCGAGAAUUCAUCGACUUCAACCAGAAAUUAACCCGAUGGGGGGAGUCGGGCGUAUAUGGUUUCUUGAAUCAUCUUGAUUCGCGUGAAACGGCUCAGAUACUUUUGCAGUCUAUCACCACAGAAGCACGACAGCAGCUCAUUUUCCGCCAGUUCGAUGGCCUCUUUCCUAUGCCAAUAUGGUUUGAGAUAGGCAUCCCACAAUCCUGGGCGUGGUCCCUCCUGGCUCCGUAUAUCUCGUCGUGUCCAGCUAAUCAGACUCGCCUCAUUUGGCAGAACUUCCCUUCGCUACACGUCAUCAACCAGCCAAACCCAGCUCGUAUCAACGGUUCUAACGCCUGGAACGAGACCACCGGCGGGUACGCGAACACACUCAGCACUCGAAAUAUCUCAGCAGCAGAUAGCUGCUUGCGCGGUGAUAUCGGUCAAAACUGCAGUCCGGCCAUCACGCAUAAUAGGACCACUCCAUUAUCAUAUCCCGGCCGUCAAAUUUUCCUGAGGUGGGAUAGCCCCGGAGAUCUCAUCGGGCCUAACAACAGCUACGUUACUAGCACGUCGGCAGGAUAUCCCAAGUUCGCCGCCUGGGUCUCUCAGCUCAACGUCACCUAUACCCCCUUACAGAAUAUCAGUGGCAACACUGCAUAUACCAUUCAACCCAACACCUCGACAUAUGAAGGCGACCCUGCUGUGAACGGUACUAUCUUCUUGGCUAUCACAGACGACGAUCUAUACGUCACACCAUUCAACCUCACCCAGAUCAACCCACAUGUCAACGCAUUAGCCAUCUACCAAGCGGGAUAAGCUGCAGCUCUCAGUCGAUUUCCAAAUGCAGACUGAGUAUGGAGAAUAGUCUGUUUGAAGCUAAUAGGCCAAGGGUAAGAAGAGAAACGAUGGAAAACUAAGCAGGAUCAAAACAUAGACCGUAAAGGUAUCUUGUUACGCGCACAAGAUAGACUUCAUAGCCAUAAUAAAUCAGAACCCAAGCUAGCCAAAAUUUCCAGCCGUCAUUAUUCUCUCAUCGCUAUCGACACUAUACCGUCUCUAGAGUGAGUGACAAUAUUGGAAACAUGUUCGGAUCUAUCCGUCACUUACUCCAGGAACUCUUAGCUCCUUGU